AUCCCCGAGUCGAGAUACAUAUCCACUUUCAUGCGUAAGUAUGGUGACCAGAUUGAUAUUUAUUCACAACCUUCUCUCUCGCACGUGGUAGAUGAGCAAAACGUGUGCCGGUUUCUACGAUACAUAAACCGAUCAGACGAGAAUUUUGCGGUUCCCUCCCGUUAGCCGUUCUACCGUCGACGCUCAUUCAACUCACUCUCAGAAGCCUGUGUACCGAUCGAAUUCCAUCUCCGAUUUGAUUAGAAAAACAAAACGGCACCUCAGCCAUGACGGCGGAGACGCUGCCGUACCAGAAUGGCGCUGUGUCCAACGGCGGUGGCAGUGGUGUUGCCUCCUCAAAUACUAACGUGGUCGCCAAUGGAGAUCCGAGUGCCGCAAACCCUAGCUCCGGCAAGAAGGCGAGAGAGAGCGAGCGUCGCCGGCGGAGGCGCAAGCAGAAGAAGAACAAAGCUGUUUCCCAUGCUCCUGAUGCUUUAGCAGCAGCCAAUGGCGACGAUAGCGAUGCCGACGAGGCGAAGGAGAACGAUAAUCCUCAGAAGGGUUUUGAGCAAGUUGUAGUGGAAUAUGUUCCCGAGAAGGCUGAGUUGGAAGAUGGUGUUGAUGAUGAAUUCAGAAAGAUCUUUGAGAAAUUUAGUUUUCUCGAGGGCACGGCUGCUGAGGAUACUGAUAAGAAAGAUGAAGCGGCACAAAUUGUUGAGCCUAAGAAGAAGGCUGACUCAGAUUCUGAUUCUGAAGAGGGGGGGCAAGAUAACCAGCAGAAGGAUAAGGGUGGCUUGUCAAACAAGAGGAAAAAGCUUUUGCGAAGAAUGAAAAUUGCAGAACUGAAACAGAUUUGCUCAAGACCUGAUGUGGUUGAGGUGUGGGAUGCUACUGCAUCAGAUCCAAAGUUGCUUGUAUUCUUGAAGGCAUACAGAAAUACUGUUCCGGUACCAAGGCACUGGUGUCAGAAACGGAAGUAUCUUCAGGGUAAGCGUGGUAUUGAGAAGCAGCCAUUCCAGCUCCCUGAUUUCAUUGCUGCAACAGGAAUUGAAAAAAUUCGUCAGGCAUAUAUUGAGAAAGAGGAUGGUAAGAAGUUGAAGCAGAAGCAACGAGAGCGAAUGCAGCCUAAGAUGGGGAAGAUGGACAUUGAUUAUCAGGUUCUCCAUGAUGCCUUUUUCAAGUUCCAAACAAAACCAAAAUUAACUAGUCACGGUGACUUGUACCACGAAGGGAAGGAAUUCGAGGUGAAACUGAGGGAGAUGAAGCCAGGGUCUCUUUCGCAAGAACUAAAAGAAGCUCUUGGUAUGCCUGAAGGUGCCCCUCCACCAUGGCUUAUCAAUAUGCAGAGAUAUGGUCCUCCGCCAUCAUACCCGCAUUUGAAGAUCCCUGGACUGAAUGCACCAAUCCCUCCAGGAGCUAGCUUUGGCUAUCAUCCCGGUGGCUGGGGCAAGCCUCCAGUUGAUGAGUAUGGGCGGCCUUUGUAUGGAGAUGUUUUUGGGGUUCAGCAACAAGAACAGCCUAACUACGAGGAAGAGCCGGUUGAUAAGAGUAAGCAUUGGGGUGAUUUGGAGGAAGAGGAAGAAGAGGAGGAGGAGGAGGAAGAAGAAGAAGAGAUGGAAGAAGAGGAACUUGAGGAUGGCAUUGAGUCUGUUGACAGUCUUUCAAGUACACCAACUGGUGUUGAAACACCUGAUGUUAUUGACCUCCGUAAACAGCAGAGAAAGGAACCUGAUAGGCCGCUCUACCAAGUUCUCGAACAAAAGGAAGAGAGUAUUGCUGCUGGAACGUUACUUGGCACAACUCAUACGUAUGCAAUUCCUAGCGGUACUACCCAUGAUAAGAACGCUGCUAAAAGGGUGGAUCUGAUUAGGGGAAACAAGGCUACUGACAGAGUGGAGGUUAGUUUGCAGCCUGAAGAGUUGGAAGUCAUGGACAAUGUUCUAUCUGCCAAGUACGAGGAAGCCAGGGAAGAGGAGAAAUUGCGGAGUCAAAAAGAGGACUUCAGUGACAUGGUUGCAGAGAAUGAAAAGAAAAGGAAGCGCAAAAUGCAGGACAAGGAAGGAAAAUCGAAAAAGAAAGACUUCAAGUUCUGAGGAGGGAGACAUGCGAAUUGAACCACUGUUAAUGUUCUACUACCCGACACGAAUAACAAAUUUGAGCUUUUUGAAUCCUUGUGCACUGUGUAUUGUUUUAUCGACACGAUGAGAUAGUUCUUGCUAAUUAGGGCACGGAGCGGCUGGCUGGAAGAGCGAAUGUUUAAUGCAAAGUCUUCAGGUAGAGAUGAAAAAGUGUGCUUAUUCACAGUGUAACAAGAGCAUUGAUUUCUAGGGCUAGAUAAAGAUCUGUAACCUACAUCUUCCCCUGUUUUGUGCAACUUUGUUGUAUGAACAAGGAGAUUGCACUGAUAUUUUAUUAAACGUCUUCUUUUGGGAAGCCCUUUGUUCCAUCGAGGUGGAAACUUGAUCCCUUGGAUCAACGAGAAGUUAUGGCUAUGAAAUUGUAUAUAAAUGGUGUUUGAGCCAAGUUCCUUUCCUCCCAAGCCUGGUUGUCCUUCUUCCUCUUCCCUUUGCGGCGUGGCGCCUUCUUUCCUUCUUCUUUGGGCACG